CACUCAGGUAGUUGGGUAGAUUCGAGGACCAGAUAGGAGCGACGGUGGAGCUGUUCAGCUCACACCCGCUUGCUCUCGUUUUUAGCUCGCUUCCCCCCCACCUAAAGCCCCCUUCCCUCCGGCAGCCAUGGUGGCUAAAACCCGAAAACAAACAGGGAAGAGUCCGGCGAACCAGACCGACCGCGACAACAAGAACCUUCACGUUUCAGCUCACAGCAAAAGUAACAUCAGGCGACCAGGCAGGGAGGGCAAGGCUUGCUCUCAUCCGAACGGGCUUUCAGUCAUCGGACACAAGCUUGGGCUAACUUGCUCCUCGGUUCUGAAGCUGGGAAUCACUUUUCUCCUCGCUGUUCUGUGUGGAUAUUUACACUGGUAUCACCUCUCCCAGCUGUUUGAGAAUGACAGGCACUUUUCACAUCUGUCCAACCUGGAGAAGGAAAUGGCUUUUCGAACAGAAAUGGGUCUUUACUAUUCCUACUACAAGACGAUUAUUGAAGCGCCGUCUUUCCUGGACGGCCUCCACAUGAUCAUGAACGAUCGUCUGACGGAGCACCCUCUGGUUAUUAACACACUGAAGAGAUUCAACCUUUACCCAGAGGUGGUCCUGGCCAGCUGGUACCGUAUGUACACUGGYCUAAUGAGCUACUUUGGAAUUCCCACAAAAAUGUGCUGGUCUAUCAACAGAGGGGAGGGGCUGUCUCCUGUGGACAGCUGUGAAGGGAUGGGGGACCCAGCCUAUUUCUAUGUAGCCUGUGUGUUCCUGCUGAACGGUGUGAUGAUGAGCCUGUUCUUCAUCUACGGCGCUUACCUCAGUGGAAGUCGACUGGGUGGAAUUGUUACUGCAGUGUGUUUCUUUUUCAAUCAUGGUGAAAGCACUCGAGUAAUGUGGACUCCACCYCUGAGGGAGAGCUUUGCAUACCCGUUUCUCGUUCUUCAGAUGCUUCUUCUCACCUACAUCCUACGGACACGGAACCCGAGCAGGACAGCCAUGGUCGCUCUGGGCAUCUCUAAUUUGUGCUUCAUGCUGCCUUGGCAGUUCGCCCAGUUUGUGCUGCUCACUCAGGUAGCUUCUCUGUUUGCAUCGUACAUCCUGGGUUACCUCGCUCCUGCCAAGAUGCAGUCCAUCCUUGUCACUCACAUGGUCACACUGGGGGUCUGCUUCAUCCUGAUGUUUGGUAACUCCAUGCUUCUCACAUCCUUUUAUGCCUCCUCGCUCAUUUCCAUCUGGAUGGUCAUUGCUUUGAGGGAUCUAUUCGUUCAGGUGUUCAAGCCUGGCGUUGUCUUCUGGGUUAUGCAGGGUCUGGCUUGGGUCGGCUCCACGGUUCUCCUAAAGUUUAUGCUGUCCACAGUCUUUGGCGCCUCUGAUGAUGCCCACAUCAGUGGAUUGAUCAAGUCCAAGUUUACGAGUUACAAUGACUUCCACACUCUGAUGUACACGUGUGCUGCUGAGUUUGACUUCAUGGAGUUUGAGACACCUGUUCGUUACCUGAAAACAUUACUACUUCCCAUCAAUUUGCUGGUGGUUGCUCUUAUUACCGGCAGGACCGUUCAGGAUAUCCUCCGGUAUCUGAGACAAGGAGCAAAAACAUCUGUAAAGACUGAAGAUGAGGAUGAAGCUGYAGGCUCUGAAAUAGCUGCGAAAGGAGAGCUGGUUUACCACAGCUUACAGCUCAUUGCCUUUGCCCUGCUGGCCAUCCUGAUCAUGCGCCUGAAGCUCUUCUUAACGCCCCACAUGUGCAUCAUCGCRUCACUGAUCUGCUCCCGACAGUUGUUUGGGUGGAUCGGCGAGAAGGUCAAGCACCAGGCCGUAGUUGUUGUAGUCUUGGCCAUGAUGGCCGUACAGGGGGUGGCCAACCUGCAGGCGCAGUGGGCAAUCAUCGGUGAGUUCAGCAACCUGCCACAGGAGGAGCUGCUGGACUGGAUCCAGGAGAACACUCGUACAGACUCUGUUUUUGCAGGAGCCAUGCCCACCAUGGCCAGCGUGAAGCUUUCUACUGGUCGACCAAUCGUCAACCACCCCCACUACGAGGAUGCUGGUCUCAGAGAGAGAACCAAGCUGGUCUACUCGAUGUACAGCCGCAUGUCUGGAGAAACAGUGAAGAGGAACCUGAUGAAGUUAGGGGUGGACUUCUUUAUCCUGGAGGAUUCUUGGUGCACCAGGCGAACCAGGCCUGGGUGCAGCAUGCCAGAGAUUUGGGACAUUGAGGACCCUGAAAAUGUUGGUAAAAUUCCCUUCUGCACCCACAUGUCCAGGAACUCACGACCAUACUUCACCACAGUCUUUUCCAAUGACAUUUACAAAGUUCUCAAAGUUCCCAAAACCUCCAAAGAUCUUAGAUAACAUUGUUGGACUGAUCGAAUGCCAUCAAAUUUGUUUUAGCCAACAUUUCUUGUUGUGUAUUUGUUUUAGUGGUCACACACUUCUAUUCUGCUUAUUUCUGAAAACUCAACAAUUCAUCAAGUGGAUAAAUGUAGGUAAACAUGGCAAACAGGAUAUGCCAUUAGUAAACCGAGGCUCUGACUUCACAGCUCCGGAUUUGUUGCUUACUGGUCGUUAUUUUUGCAUCCAGACAGUGUUGUAAUUAUUCUCCUGCUGGUGUCCAAGAGAAAACCAAAAGGUGCCAUAUCGCUUGGUUUACUGUAGCUUGUUUCAUUGGUUCUGUUACCAAAACACCUUUAUAAGUUUACAGUUUGCUGUUUUUAAUUCUUGUCCCUUCAGAAGUGAAGUUUGUGAGUGAUGUCCACAUACUGUGAAGCAAUACCUUUACAAGCUUGACAGAAGUUAAUUUCCUCUAUUGUUAUGCAGUGUUGAGCUCUGAGAGGAUUUUUCAGUAGUACAAUAUUUUUUUAUAAUUUAUUUGUGUCAUUUUUGUGCAACUUCAAGAUUUUAGGAUGUCUUAGUCUUUGUGUUUGGAGACUUUUAAAUCUGAUACAUAUCAUACAGUGUUGGUGUCUCGACUGAAUUUAGUCAAGAAGAUUUUAAGCUUACUUUGACACAAGAAGUCUCUUCUUAGUUCUUUUGUUAUGUGGAAGUCUUUUAUAGUCAGAUAUAGUUAACAAAUGUAAAUAUUUCCUCAAACUGCCCUCUUACAACUCUUUUAUAAACUUGUUUUGUAAAAUACUGACMUUCAGCCUUUAAAAGGUUUUUAUUGUGCUUCUUGAUUUGUUUUGUUUGUUGCCAAAGGAAGUCUUGUUAUAAAGCUGCAUUUUCAGGAUAUUUGAGCACAUUAAUGAGRUGUUGUCUUUUUAUUUUUAUUUUUGUUUGGUUUUGUUUGAAGCAUAAAUUUGUGAUUUCUGUAAAAGCCAGUCCAAACUGUUUGUAGCAGUGAAAGUUGUUGUUUUGUCCAAGUGUUAUCAGCCUCAUUCAACAGAUUCAAAUGAUAAAUUAUGGUUAAAUGUCUUAUAAUUUGUUAUCAAAAUUAACAAGCGUUUUCAUGUUGCACAUGUUUCCAGACAUUUAUGUCAGCUUAGACUCAAAAUAACUUGAAUUUUAGUUUGACUUUAAAGUUAUAGCUUUAAAAUGAGUCAAAUUGAAUUUGUUAUAGUGGAGCAAAAACUGCCUUGUUCUAGUGUUCAUUUUUAAAAUUUACAGAUGCCACUGAAAAUAUAAUUUUUUUGGACAGUAAACAUGUAAACGUACAAUUUAUGUAUUUUUUUAUAUAAUUGCGUAAGAAAACAAGUCAACUAUAAAUGUUUUUGUACAAAGAUUUUAACUAUUGGUCAAACGAGAAAGUGGACUGUCUUAUUUCUUUGCACAUUUAUUUCUUAAACCAGGCCUUGUGCUUAGCAGAAGAAUAACAGAAUAAAAAAAGAAACAGACACUCA